AUGUCUAAGCAUUUCCAAAUUAAAGAUGUCAUUGUCACGCCGGUGGCAUUUCAUGACAUGCCCUUGCUGAACACCGUUGGCGUGCAUGAGCCGUUUGCACUGCGUAGCAUCAUUGAGAUUGUGACGGAGGGUACGUAUGGACUGGGUGAGUCGUACGGGGACUCCAUACACUUGGGCCGACUGCAAAAGGUAGCCGAUGAACUCAAAGGACUGUCAGUGUACGAUACCAACUCCAUAUAUAAAAUAUGCUCGGACUCUCUAGCAAGCGACACCAGCACUGGUGGAGAUGGUAUGGCCGGCAUGGUCACGACUGCGUCUGCCACUGACAAAGUCUUCUCUCCAUUCGAAGUUGCUUGCAUUGAUAUUCAAGGGAAGCUAGCAGGCAUUCCUGUGAGUGAAUUGCUCGGCGGCCGGGUUAGAGACAGUGUCCAAUACUCAGCAUAUCUCUUUUACAAAUGGGGAGGUCACCCUGGCGAGCCGGAUGAUGAGUAUGGCCCAGCACUUGAUCCUGCGGGUGUGGUGAAACAAGCCCAGAAGAUCAUAGAUGAGUAUGGGUUCAAAGCAAUCAAACUCAAGGGAGGAGUUUUCCCACCGGCUCAGGAGGUUGAAGCCAUUAAAGCACUACAUGCUGCAUAUCCAGGCGUGCCACUGAGGCUUGAUCCAAAUGCUGCAUGGACAGUUGAGACUUCGAAAUGGGUUGCAAAGGAGUUGGAAGGGAUUGUCGAAUACUUGGAGGAUCCGGCUGGAGAGAUCGAAGGGAUGGCAGCCGUGGCCAAGGAAGCAUCAAUGCCCCUGGCUACGAAUAUGGCCGUGGUAGCCUUUGCUCAUCUCCCACCCAGCAUCUUGCAGAAUGCUGUCCAGGUCGUCCUGUCUGAUCACCAUUUCUGGGGUGGCCUGCGGAAGUCUCAGACGCUGGCCGCUAUCUGUGCAACUUGGGGAAUGCGGUUGUCGAUGCAUUCAAACAGCCACCUGGGAAUCUCCCUCGCUGCCAUGACGCAUCUUGCCUCUGCAACUGUGAACGUCGACUACGCCUGCGACACACAUUGGCCGUGGAAGCGUCGCGAUGAGGAUGUUAUUGUUGAUGGGGCGUUGAAGUGGGCCGACGGUGGAGUGGUUGUGCCAACUGCGCCUGGUUUGGGGAUUGAGCUCGAUAGAGAGAAAUUGGCAAAACUCCAUCAACAGUAUCUCGACUGUGGGCUUCGAAAGCGAGAUGACACAACCUACAUGAAGAAGUUUCAACCAGAAUUUUCUGCUAGUAUACCGAGAUGGUGA